UUCAAUAUACAUACAUACGUACAUAUGUAAUAUAACCAAAAAUGACUCCAUAUUGGAAAUAUUGACAACCGUAUGAAGAUUUUAAUCGCAGAAAACGCUUGCCACAAACGCAAGCGAUAAAUGUUGUAAAACAAAUCGAUUCAUGUAUAACACAUGCGUUUUCGUCGUCCGUUUCCUUGCUAGGAAUAUCAUUUCCAUGCGACUUCUACACAACUAUUGAUAGUGUACAUUGCCAAAGUCAUGUCCUUAUUUCCUGCUUAUUCCAUUGAGACAAACGAAGCUAUAACAUCGAGUAAACCAGAAAAUCUUUUACAAGGCGAUGUAUCGAGCAGUUGGUUACAAAAUGGUAGUUGUUUGGAUCAGAUUUCAUCUUACAAUUUUAUAGAUUUCUCUUCAGAGUCUUCGAAUGAAGAUAAAAGCAGAGUGUUUUCCUCCGAUGAAAAACAGACGUUCCACAAUGUUAUAUCGUCGAGUAAAGAGAGGUCUGUGUAUAGAGGAAGAAAACAUCGCAAACAUAUUAAAAAGAAAAAGAAAGAAAGAAAAAAGUAUGGAACAACAGAGAAAACGUAUUACAAGCAAGAAGUGGAAAAUGUAUAUUUUGAAGAUAAACGUCGAGAUAAGGGAAAUAGUACGGUAGAGACGCUUUGUUCUAGAGCUAGACCGUAUUACAAUACUCGGAGAAAUUCCAUAGGUUUUAUAUCCUAUGAGCAUCGAAAAAAGGAUUCUUACGAAAGAUACUAUGCGAAUAACAUAGAUCUUAUAGAUAAACAUAAGAAACGAAAAAGUAAUAACAUUACAAAGGAAUCCGUGCACGAUUCGUUUAAAGAAAUAGAAUAUCCUUUCUUGUCGAAUGGUAUCUCUGUAGAAUUACAAAAGACUAAAACUAAAGAAUAUAAUGAAAUGUUGACAGAUGAUCCAAGCAAUGUUAAACUAUGGAUCGAAUACAUUCAAUUUCAGGACACGUUGGAGUACUUUCAAAAGUAUCAAACAACAAAGGAUGUUCGUAGAGCAGCAACAAUGAAAAAAUUAUCUAUUGUCGAGAAGGCUUUAGAAAAAAAUAUAGACUCCACUCGGUUGCUAAAGUUGAAAUUAUCUUUAAUGGAAGAGUUAUUACCAGCCGAUGAAUUUUCAAAACAGCUCGAAACAUUAGUAAACAAGGAUUCGGGAAACAUAAUUUUAUGGCAAGGAUUAAUCAUGGCUACACAAGCUUCCAUAGCGAUAUGCACUGUACCAAAAGUAUUGGAUUUAUAUUCAAAAUGUUUUUGUGUUUUGAAACAAAAAGCUAGAAUGAAUCCUCGAGUAUACGACGAAGGAUUAUUAGAGAUGUUGUGUUGGUGCCUAAUGUUUCUGAGACACACCGGACUUUGGGAACAAAUGUGGGAAACGAUACGUUUGAAUCUCAGUUUGAAUCUCAGUUUAGGAAAGGACAGUCUAUCCUUUCAAAAAACAAUAGAUGAAAAGAAAUUAAUUGGAAUGGAAGAGGUAAUAUUAAUGUCGAGAUUACCACUCAAUCAACUGUGGCAAAGAACAGAAUCGUUAAGAGAAAAUUGUCACUGGAUCAGUGUCAGCAGGGACGAAUUGGAAUUAACUGGAGAUUCUCGAAGAUUCGUCUUGCCCGACGAUGUUGCCGAUUUUGUACAUCCUAUAUUAUCGCGAAAUUUGAAUUUCCAAAUGUCGGUACACAUGCUACUUCUACUUAAAGUGCCACUUCUACCUACUCGAGAUUACAUGUUACAGAUGUUGUGCUUAAACAAAUUUGAAUGGAGCACAGAGACUUCGGAAGUACUACUUCCAUUUGCUUAUCCUGUAGCCGGUGAAAUGACUGGGAAUAACGAAAGAAGAGAAUUAUUGAAUGGUAUACUAGAAGGAGGAUUAACAUCGGGUCCUCAAUAUCUCAAGUUUCAUCCGGCACAGGAAUCUUAUCUGGAUUUUAUACGAGACACGUUUUCUACGAUAGCCGAAAAUUUACCGCCUUUGCAACGUACAAGCAUAUAUAUUUGGUGGUUACGAUUUGAGAGAUUGCUCAUUUUUCUUCGCAAAGAUGACUCUAUAAAAUAUGACAACAAAUGGAAGAAAUUGAAAACAACGUUAAAAGAAUUCUUGAAGAAAGAGGAGAAUAGGAACAACUUACAUUUUUACAAAGAAUAUGCAUUAAUAGAAAAAGAAAUGGGAAGAUUUGAUAAUUGUGUAAAUAUUUUGGAAACGGCGAUUAAGUCUCAAUACUCCUGCCCGUCGGCAAUAUCUGAUUCCGACGAGAAAACGGCACUCUUCAGUUUAUAUCGAACAUUCAUUGAAAUUUUACUUGACACUAAUACGUACAAAGAUACGCAUAAAAUUCGAAUAUUGAAUGUUGUUAAACAAAUGGUUAUCGAGGCCGAUGGAAAUCAAUUGCAACGCGCCAAAAUAUAUUUAGAAAAAUAUGUGAAAAGUUUUUUACAAGAAAUUCCUGCAGACGAUGAAACCGACACGUACUUUCUACCAAAUCUGAAAUCCGACGCGAUCGUAUGUUACGCGUACUUGUUGUACACAGAGGACUUUGAUAUUAGUAAAGUAACAAAUCUGUUUGCAGAUUUCAUAAAUCACUUCAAAAACUGUCGUUGUAUGCAGGAAAUAUUAUACGAAAGUCAAAUUGCAAUCUUGCAAUUGCAUUACAGACGAUUUCGAGAAGUAAACAUUUUGAAAAGUAUAUUAAAUGAAAUGUUAAACAUAUAUCCAAACAACUUCUCUGCUCUUUCGAUGUUGGCAUGUAUCGAGAGUAACUCGCCAAUUUGGAAGUUUAAUAGCCAGAGCACGAAACUGUCGUUGUGGAAAGCAUUUGCUAUGUGUUUAGCUAUUCGUAAACGUAUUCAUUUCUUAAGAACACGUGAAGACUCUGUCGGUAUGAAUGCAGCAGUAAAUAAGUUAUUUAAUUUUCAUCAAAUUCUUGCAUCUGUUCAUAUUUACAGAGAACAAACAACCAGGUGUUGCCCCUUGUUAUGGAGAUUGUACAUGCUCCUUCUCAGAGAAUGUAAUUUAUGUGAAAAAAAGGGAGAAGAAGUGUAUCAUAAAAGUGUAGCGCAAUGCCCCUGGGUUAGAAGCAUAUAUAUUGAUGCAGCUGAAAUUGCACCUCAACUACUUACGCAAAUUCAAGAUGUGAUACGCGAAAAAGAAUUAAGAAUGCAUGUUACUCCCGAAGAAUUGGACAUAUUACGUGGUUGAGAUUUCAUGUUCAUACAGGGGAAAAUACAAAGCACGGAGAUUCAGAAAAUGAUAAAAGCUUGAUGUAUAUAAUUUGAGCAGCAAAAAAUUUCUAUACAUAUUACAUAGUUACUAUUUCUACUAU